AUGGCGUCUCCACUUCCUAAGAGAAUCAACCUCAAGAGCCUGAUGUAUGUAUGGUACACACAUACGAACAUCGACACGGCGGACAAAUUUCUCACCGACUUUGGCCUCAUACGAGUGAAGGCAAUGCCAAACAAGAUUUGGUAUCGCGGCUUCGGUGAAAGCCCGACCUGCUACGUAUCCGAGAAGUCCGCGGACGGCAAGCCAGUAUUUCUUGGCGGUGGGUGGAGUGUUGACACGUAUGACGACCUGAAAGCUGCAGCUCAAUUACCAGGCGCUUCUCCCAUUUCCAAGGCCGAAGAUGCCAUAGGAGGCGAAAAGGUCACCCUGACCGACCCUGCGGGGGGCUUGGUCCACCUUCACUGGGGUCAUCACGAACGCAAGACCGCCCAAGACGAGGUGCCAAAGAAACUGACCUACAACACUUGGGACAUAAAGUCUCGGAAGGGGGAGUUUCAACGCUUCGACGACGGGCCCAGCGAUAUUCACAAGUUGGGACACUAUGGUUAUGAAGUCAGCCAUGACGAUUUUGAGAAAGUCCGUCAAUGGUACUUCGAUACUCUCACCCUCACAGCAACAGAUUCCCUGUUCAAUCCUCAAAACGGAAAGGACGUCAUGACAUUUAUGCACCUUGACAAAGGUGAACAAUAUAGCUUUUUCGUCUCUGCUGGGGAUGUCACGGCCUGCACUGCAAACCACUGCAGCUUUGAGGUCGACGACUUCGACAGCGAGAUGAAGGGUCAUAACUUCCUAUCGAAAAAGGGAUGGUCACUCGUUUGGGGCAUAGGCAAACACUUACUUGGAAGCCAAAUCUUUGACUACUGGUUCGACAACGACGGAUUCGUGCUGGAGCACUACGCGGACGGAGAUCUGGUGAAUUGCAACAAUCCACCCCAGCGAGAGCCGGCUUCGCCUAACAACAUCGCCAUGUGGGCGCCUAUGUUGCCGCUUGCGUUUCUUACUCGAAACAAGGAGGACAUGGGAAAGACUCUUGGGCCACCACCGGGGGCAGAGGGGCCCCCAGCUACAGUCCCAUCAGUAUAG